AUGUCAAACAACGAACAAACAAUUCAAUUUCCUGUUGCCCUUAAACCAUUACUAACCGAUUUUGUUGUUAAUGUAUUACGGGAACGAAUUCCAUCAGAUCAAUUAUCUUCAUAUGCUGUUCAAUAUUUUUCUGAAAGACAAAAUCUUAAAUCAUAUAUACCAACAAAUGAUGAUCAGGAAGAACAAACAGGUAUAUUUUUAACUAAUCAAAUAAGUGGUAUGUCUCAAAAAAGUGAUGAUAGUACAAACAAUGAAAAACAACGACGAAAAUCUGUUUGGGGUGGUUCACCGGAUCCAGAUCGUGAUUUAACAAAUAAAGUUGUUAUGAAAAGUCCUGAUGUAUUUGAAAAAUUAUGUAAAAUGGUACAAGAUACGGUUAUAUAUGUUGGUGAUGAUCCAUCACUUGUUAAACAAUUCGUAAAAUAUUUAACACCAAAAAAUGUUAUUCAAAAUGAAGAAAUUAUUCGACAAGGAGAUGAAGGAGAUUAUUUCUAUUGUAUUGAAUCUGGUAAAUAUGAUGUACUUGUUAAUGGAAAAAAAGUAUCCGAACUUGAUAAUAAAGGAUGUUUUGGUGAAAUUGCAUUACUUUACAGUCAACCACGCACAGCUACUGUAACAGCUAGAACCGAUGGAAAACUUUGGUUAAUUGAUCGAGAUACAUUUUCAACAUUAACUGUAUCAUUUGCUAUAAAACAACGUGAAAAAUAUUUAAAAUUUCUUCAUACAGUUAAUUUUAUUCAAAUAUUUUAUUCACGUGGUUGGUUAAAUGAAAAUCGUUUAGAAGAUUUAGCUGAUGCACUUCGACCACGUUAUUAUUUAACAAAUCAAAUUAUAAUUGAACAAGGUGAUAUCGAUGCAUAUGAAAUGUUUUUUAUUGAAAAUGGUUCAGUUAAAGUAACACGAAAAGAAAAAGACGGAACAAUACGUGAAUUGAAAAUACUUGGAACAGGAAAAUGUUUUGGUGAAUUAGCAUUACUUGAAAAUAAACCACGUUAUGCAACAGUUACUGCACUUGAAAAAUGUCGUUUAGCAACAUUAGAUGCUACAUCAUUUGAAAAUUUACUUGGAAUUGAAUUAAAAACUAAACUAAAAGAAUUUAUUGAUAAAGAAUAUGCUACAGGAACAUUAGAUGAUAAUACAUCUCAAAUAAAAAAAUAA